AUGCCGGAAGAGUGCCUCAGCGACCUGGAGAGCAGGGGCACUGCCUUCGCUGAGUACAGUGACUUCCAUCUGGGCACGGAGAAGGAGGCCUAUAAGCUGAACGUUGGAGCCUACAGGGGCAACGCAGGUGACGCCAUUCGUGGGGAAAACGCCGGCAUUGACCAGUAUGGCUUUGGCUUCAGCACAACUGACAAGGACAAUGACGGCUGCUCGCCCUGCAUCUUUGGAGACAUCGCCGAGAACACAUGCAGCUUCUCGGAGGGAGGAGGAGGGUGGUGGUACAGUCGCUGUGGCUCUGCCAUCCUGAACGGAGACUGGCACCCCGCCGGCGAACACAUCGGCUGGGCCUCCGGCCUCCACUGGGAGACCUGGAAAGGACCUGCUCCAUACUCGGCCCGAGCGAGCCGCAUGAUGAUCAAAGCUGUGUGGAAGAAGAUUAUUACAGCAAACUAACACGAAAACGAAUAAUGAAAAAACUAUUUCGUAAACUGAAAUAAAACAAUUAACAAGGCAAGGUUUGACAAACAAAACUAUACUGAAACAUAUCUUUAACUUACUAAAAUAAAAAGACUUGACCAGUUAUGGUCUAUAAGGUCAACAUGGUCAGAGUCACCAUGUUUUCAGUGAAUACCAUGUGGAAGUGAAUACCAUGUGGAAGUGAAUACCAUGUGGAAGUUCUAUUUGUUGCACUGCGACAAUUAUGCAUAUCUAAUGUGAACAGUUUAAAUAGUUUGACAUAACUUAGUCUGGAAUGUUGAUAUUGUAUGCGUUUUUCAAAUAUAAUUAUCUUUAGAACAUUUGUUUAGCACACACUUAGCCCAUACUCAAUACAGUUCAGACACCCUUGUUUUGCCCUGUAAACAUGCUUGAAUUCACACAUUCAAAGCUCUGUGUUUAAAGUGAAAUAAAAAGUUGUACUCAUUGCAUAUUAAAUCAUUCAUGGUUUCUCAUCAUAGAGUAAAUAGGUUGUUGUUCUCCUACCCUAGAAGCCUGGUUUCUAGCUUUGAUUGAAUCGGGAUAUUUAGCUUUGUUACACAUUGCUACAUUAAUCCCGGGGCUCACUUGAAAAAGAGAUCUCAAUGUGACUGAUCAUGGUUAAAUAAAGCAUAAAAAGAAUGAA